UUACGGUGGCAUCUGGAUUGACUUGCGGUUCGGCUGUGAAGCGCUUGUUGUUUGCUUGUGGCAUUUGGCGCGUGUACUAUUAAAAUAUUGGUCGGCCAACAUCUAACGUAAAAGACCAACGGAGUUGGUGAUCGAAAGAAAUCAGUGUUUCGCGUAAAACUUUCGUUAGAGUCUACUUGGGUAUAAGUUGAAUAACCGUUUGAUGGAUGUGUAUGGCGUGGUGCGGCGGCGUAACACCUUAUAGACACAAUUUUAUUGUUUCAUAAAAGUAUCUACGAAGUGAAAAGCAAAAAAAAAAAACAACAAAUCAAGAAUGUGUUGCGAAAGUGCUGAGCCAGCUUCUUUUUAGUGGCAACUGUAAAAGGAAAAGAAAUGCUCACAUUUUGCUUUAAAAAGUGAAAUCUAUAAAAUCAAAAACUACAAAAUUUUGCAGUGAUAAAUUCAUAAGCCCCCUUCCCACUAAAUACACAGAUUCUCACAAUGAAGCGCCGAAAGUUGUUGCUCUGUUGGACCAUCCUACAUUCAGGCCUUAGCCUCAUUGCCUUUCUCACACUAUUCUUAAGCCAAAUGACACAAGCGGCGAUCGUACCACCACCGUGGAGUGAUCCCGAAAAGAAUCCCUGCGCCAGCAUGCCCGGCGGUUGGCAGUUACUCUAUUGGCCACCACUUAAACAAUGUUUCAAAAUUUUCACCAUCGGUUAUCCAUGUCCAGAAACAAUGGAAUUGAGCCCAGCGCCUAGUGUGGGCAAAACGAAGGCCGCGCGUAAUAAUGCACCAGCAGCUGAAUGUCGAUGUCCGCCGGGUACCGCAUUAAGUGCCGAGACAAAUAAAUGUCAUGACAUUUUCCAACGUGGACCAUGUGAACGUGGCGCCUUCUUUGCACCCUUGCCAGAAGAGCGUACGGCCGCUAAUGGUGGCAGAAGGUCCAACAAUCGUUGGGGUACUUGUAAAACGGCAAGACAAUGUCCAGUGGGCAUGAUUUACUGGCCGAAGGAUGGCAAAUGCUAUGCCCAGUACACCAAAGGGCCUUGCGUUAAGGGCAAGCUGUUAGUAUUAAACGAGGAUGAUCUGGGAGAGUGCAAGUGCGAAGCCGAAGGCGAGCUGCGUUAUUACUUCUACGACCAAGAGGAGACGUGCCACGAACACUACACCAAAGGUCCUUGCUCGACACCAGGUGAUCUCUUUUUGCCAGGUGGUCGCUGCGACUGUCAUCAGUAUUUACCACAUUACAGUGACGAACAUCAAAUGUGCUAUGAAUUGAACUCACCAGGUCCGUGCCCGCCUGGUCACAUCUUCAAUCUACCUGACAACUUCACCGCCGCUAAUACAGCGACAGAAAUUCCACGCGCCCAAUGCCAAUGCAAAGAUGGUUAUGUGCCUUGGCACGAUGGUCUAUGCUACCGUCUUUAUACAAGAGGACCAUGUGGGCCCAACGAGUUCCUUAUUAACGCGACCAGUUGUAUACGAAAUUUCUGCGGUAAAAGUCGUCUCUAUUUUCCCGAUCAGAAUACCUGCUAUCGCAUUGGUUCGCAAGGCCCCUGCUCAUUGCAUCAGGUGGUAGUAUUCGAUUUCACCGCACGUCCUUCUGUCGAUGGCAUUUCAUACAAUGGCAUAUGCGGUUGUUCCGGUGUCAUUUGGAAUCUCGAUCAGCAGUGUUCGAAUAUAGACAAUGGUGGCACAGAAGAGGAUAACACAUGCGAAUCCACACCUGGUAUGGUAGAAAUUAAUGGAAAUUGUUAUAAGUUAUAUACGAGAGGGCCAUGUGGACCGGGACAAUGGCUGGAGCCGCUCAAAACGCACACGACCGGCUUGCAAACGCAACGAUUUUUGGACACUAAAGCAAAAUGUGUGUGCCGACCGGGCUAUACACUCGCCGAAGAGACGAAAGAGAGUGACGAGAGCGAACUAAAUUUACCGAGAGCCCGCAUAACGCGCUGUAAUGCGCCUACUGUGGGUCUAGCCAGGUAUUUGAAUAAACAGCGCGAGAAUUCAAAGUUUAAUGCAAAUUUUAAUUUUCCCAAUUUUCCCAUUUAACACUAACAAUGAAAGGGAAUUUUAUAUUGUAUGUGUGUAAAUAUAAUAUACUUAAUUUAAGUAGUAUCGAAAUUCCGUAAACUCUUUACUGCCACAAGUCCUACUGUUUGUGUUGAAAAAGAAAAAAUAAUAAUAAUCUAUGGGCGCUCUAUUCUACGGGUGAAAAUGAAAUCUUCUCAGCACCUAAUUGAUUUCAACUUUCUAAAUAAAAAUAUUAUAUAAACUCAUUCACCGCUCUGAACUAUGCAUGUUUGUAAAUCUGUAUGUGUGGAUUCAUGCCCAUUUCUUCUCAACUAUCCUGCUAUCUCGCCAACUACGCCUCUGUCUGCAUGUACGUAAACUACUUCUGUGCCUGCGAAUGUUCCUCAGCAUGUCCGUAUGUUUGCCUUCAUUAAUAUUUUAUUAUAUGCGAUAGUAUGUAAAUGCCAUAUAUGUACAUACAUAUAAUAUAUACUGUAUAUUAUCUAUAGUUAC